GUCUUAAUUUGACAGCCUUUUGAAUAAAAAACCGUCUUAUUCGCGAAUAUCCGAAAUACAUACGAUUACUUUGCGUUAUAAGUUGUUUAAAAACUACGUUUUUUAUUAAGCCUAGCCAUUUCAGUAAGCAUAUUAUGUAAGUUAGUGGUGAUAUUUCUAGAGCACAUGGUUUUAUUGGGAUUUUGUCACUUGCUUCACUACAACUACAGUUCCCGAAAGUGUUUCAAACAUUGAAAUUUUGGAUAAUGUGCCAAAAUCCCUGAGGCAAAAAAAAGCACCGCAAGUACGAACACCUAACGUCGACGUCAUACUCAAGAGAAAGAUUAAUACCAAACUAAGGAGGCUUCCUUUCUCUCCAUCUCACGGUGAAUACUGUCUUUGUCUCUUAUCUAGAUAUACUAUAAGAGUUUAAAACGAAAGCCAAUAUGGAAACAUACGUCCAGUCGUCGGAUUCAGAGGAUGAUGUUGUUUUUGUUCCCUUCGAACCACGGCCGAAUAUGUAUUCUACUGAUAAUGGGAACCCUGCUUCGCCACAGCCAGGAACCUCUAAUGACUGGCGAGGGUCAGGAGACGGAGCAGUCGGCGUUCAUGGCGAGCCAGCAGCUGGAGAACCUUCUUUGAAUGGAAGAGAACAAAAGAGAAGAGGCUCCGCAAGUCUGAAAACCAAGUUGAAGCUCAAAAUAAAAAGAUACCAAAAGGCCACAGUUGCGUCAAAAAAUAAGGAAGUCAGCGAGAAAAAAUCAAUAAAAACUGCGGCAAACAAAUUAAAACUUCCAUUUGUGUUUGCCAAAAGCGCGCAGCCCUCUCAUAACGUGAGCGCAAAUGUGCAACAAAUACUAAAUGGAGUGAAGACUCAAAAUCCUGUGAAGUUAGUGCCACUGACAUUGGCCCACAAAAUGGGCUUAGGCCACGAGUCCUUAAAACAACAGACUAAAGAAUUCAAUAUCUUAAAGCUCGGAGAAAGAGUGGUGCGCCUCCAGGCUGGAAAGGCGUAUUCGUUCUCUAAACUAUUGAAAAUGUUCGGCAACGAAGACGGCGUCGUAUCGAAAUUUCUAAAAAGUUUGACGAGAAAAGAAAAGCAGGAAAUUAUUAAUAGUUUAAUUUUUAAAGAACAUUAAGAAAUAACCGGACAAGUGCGAGAUGAAGAGGAUUCCGAACGAUGAUAGUGUUCGACCGUUUGACGGAACCCGAAAAAAGAAAAACGACGAAGGAGAAAGUUCUUUCAAAGAGAAUCAGACUCCGAAAAAUAAAGACAAGCAGAAGAAAUUUGACGAUGAGAUGAAAUUUUCUCAUAAGUGCAUGAAUGUUUUAAUUUUUGGACUAUGUUCUAAGGCAGCAAAAUUUAUCAUACGGCGAGUGCGCUAUACGUAUUUUUUAUAGAAGGUUUGCCGAUAUUUUUUUUCUAUAUUAUGACCAAUCCCCUUCGACGAAUGACGAAACCCACUUUGUGAAUAAAUUUUGAUAAUAUUUUUAUUUUAUUUAAUGAUUUAUUUUUCUCUGAGAACAAAGUAUCACAACUUUAACUACCAUCAUUAUCAGCCUAUUCAAUUUUAAUAUUACAAAACCUCUUAAUUUGAUCUGCAACUCGAUAAAAUUUUCAAUAUUUUUUAAUUUUCCAUCUUGCCCUUCAAAAGUGACCUUUAACAAUUUAACAAUAUUGAAUUUAUCAAAUUUUUCCUGUGUUCUGUAUGUAGAAAGCUAUAAAAUGAAAAUUUCUUGAAAAAUUUCUAUUCGAUUCAAAUGUUUUACAAAAUGUAAGUUUGGUGAAGCCUUCGAAGUCACCUUUUCUUCACUGUAGUGAGAGAAAUUAAUUCAUCUCUUAAAACCUCGCGCUUAGAAUGUCUGGUGGAAGGUUUCAGCUGUGGCUAGUUACCACCGUACCGGCAAACACGUACCGCCAAGUGACAGUGCUCUCUGGUACGAUGUCGUGUAUACAGGGAUAUGAAUUUUCAUUCAACUCCUAAAAAGUUAGCCCGCUUUCAUUUUAGAUUACAUCAUCACUUGAUUGUAGUCAAGGGCUAACUUGUAAUAAAGAGUAUUAAAAGAUAUCUUUUUUGGAUUGCUCGUGAAAUCUCUUAGGAUUUGCUUGUUCGACAAAUAAUAUGCGCACUAGGCGUAAAAAUAAACUUUGCUGCCUCGAAAUACCGAAUAACUAUUUUAAUUUUUAAAAUAAAUUUAAGUUUAGAAAUCACUGUUAGUCUGGCAAAUGAAAACGUGACCUGGAAACACGCGGAAAAUUUAAAAAUCUGUUUAACAUUUACUAUAGCAAUAAAAAAACGUUUUGAUACUAGUUUUUUUCAACAUAAAAUUUAUACUAAGUUUCUAGUAGUCCGCGUUAAAUUUGGUUAGAUAUAUCGAUUCUCUAGGAAAUGUUAUAAAUGUCUAAAAACAGUUUCCGUUUCCAUAGGAAUACAGGGAUAAAGUAUAGCCUAAUAUAGCACUCGGGGAGAAUAUAGCUUCCCUACAGAGAAAGUGGUGUAUUUCGGAUUCCUAGUACUACACGAAAUUGUUUAUAUAUUGACUAGCAGAAAUGAAAUAAUAAUGUUUAUAUUAACUUUGACUAAACUACUCUAUUGUUUGUAGGUUUCAAACAAUAGGGUAGUUUUAAUUUAAAAUUUAAAACAAAACGAGAUCUUGUAUUCGCUAACUUAUUAAAGCGUGAAGUAAUUUUCGUACAUUUAUUUAAAAUUUUUCGGUCAUAAUCACUGAAAAUUAUCUCUCAAAAAAUACAACUCUACAAAAUGUUUGACGUUAUGAAAUUUGUUUAAAGUAACAUGUUGUAUGAUGCCUCGUUAUAAUAACUAAUAUAAUACAUUAAUUCAUUCUCUA